AUGCCACCCAGCAAAAAGCGUAAACCCCACUCGCAAAACCCUGUUGGCAUUGAGCACUUCUUUGCUAAUCAACGCAAGCGACAUGAAGCUGAAAGUGAAAUUGGACCGGCAUUCAUUCAAUCCAAGCCGUCAAAAGAAAAGGAGGAUGCUGCAGCGCCAAUGGACACCUUGAAGGUUCACGAUCGCGAUUCCAGUGACAAUGGUGGCAAAGCAGACAGCCGAUCGAGUCCCAAACAAUGUAGCAGCACCAGCACCAGCACCAGUAAUAGUGAUGGCAAUGUAGUUGAUACGUCUACCAAUAUCGACAAGUCGAGUGAUCAGUCAUCAACAACAACGAUGAUGGCUAUCAUGCAGCCACAAGCUCAGCAGUAUACGCCAAAUGAACUUCCUUUGACCACUGAUCCACUCCGUUUCAACCCGCAUGAAUACGACACGAUCAUAUCGAAUUGGCCAACUGAAAGCAAGACAUCAACAAAGCGCGCAGUGCCAUACUCUUUCCUUACACAUGCAUUUGCGACUAUCAACGCUACAUCUUCACGUAUCAGCAUCACCAACAUCCUAUGCAACAUGCUACGCGUGCUUAUGGUCCAUACGCCUGAUGAUGUAUUGCCAACUUUAUGGUUAUGCUCCAAUCGAUUGGGUGCAACAGGAGUAGAACUUGGUGUGGGUCCUUUGAUUCUGACACGUGCAAUGACAGCCGUAUCCGGUGGCAUCUCAUCAAACAAGCUUCGACAAUUGUAUCGGGAUCAUGGUGAUUGGGGAGACGUUGCAUACAAGAUCAAGGCAACCAUUCGUACAAUUGCAUUUUCAAAGAAUCCACGGCCUCUGCGUGCACGCGAAGUCUUCCAUCAAUUACGCCACGUGUUGACAUCCGUCAAAGGAAAGGGGUCCGUUGAUCAGAAAACGCACAUCAUCCAACGAUUACUGCUUGCAACUCACACGGCUGAAGAAGCUCGCUAUUUGAUACGCACAUGUGUGGGCAAUUUACGCACCGGCGCUGUUGAAAAGAGUGUUCUUUUGGCUCUUGCACGUGCAUGUGUCUUGAUCCAUGAUGGAAGCAGCAAACCCGAUGCGUUGAAACACGCCGAAGACGUCCUCAAAGAAUGCUAUGCUCAAUGCCCUGAUUGGGAUAGGCUGAUACCCUGGCUUCAAGAAUGCGGAUGGGAUCUCGAAAGGAUAUUUGAGAAAUGUGGUAUCACAGUGGGCGUUCCUCUUCGACCUAUGCUUGGUCAAAUCACUCGAAGGAUGACGGAUGUCUUUGCGAAGCUCGCUGAUCGGGAUUUCGUAUGCGAGUGUAAAUACGAUGGUCAACGUGCACAGAUCCAUAUGGAUGAACAAGGCCAUGUCAAGAUUUACAGCCGACACCUUGAGGAUAUGACCGACAAGUAUCCUGAUGUGGUGCACAUGCUUCCAGAUGUCCGCAAGGCUGAUGUCGGAUCAUUUAUCAUUGAUGGAGAAAUCGUGGCAAUCAACGAAGAAGGCACCAUUUUACCCUUUCAGACUCUCAGCAAUCGAGAACGGAAGAAUGUGACCAUUGCGGGCAUCAAAGUACAAGUGUGCGUUAUGGCAUUUGAUCUGAUGUACCUGAAUGGAGAGUCUCUAUUGCGCAUGUCUUUCCGAGAACGUCGUGGUCGACUGCGGGAUCGUUUUGUGCCGAAACAAGGUGUAUUUGACUUCGCUGAAGGAAUUGAAGCCCGUGGUGUGCCAGAGGAUCAAGAAAAAGUAUAUGCUUUCUUUGACAAGAGCGUGAGAGAAGGAAAUGAAGGAAUGAUGGUCAAGGUGCUCGAUCCUCCCCCUGCAGGUGUUCAGCAGCCUCUAUCAACAUAUGAACCUGAUAAAAGAGUAGAGAGCUGGCUCAAGGUCAAGAAAGAUUACUUGGAAGGUGUUGGUGAUUCCCUUGAUUUGGUCCCCAUUGGUGCCUGGUAUGGGAACGGAAGGAAGGCUGGCUGGUAUUCACCUGUGCUUUUGGCUUGCUUCAAUCCUGAGAAUGAUGCGUUUGAAAGCGUUUGUAAAUGCAUGUCUGGAUUCAGCGACGAGUUUUAUCGCAACAUGAAGCAAUUCUACAGUGGGGAUCGUAUCCUAGAGCACGCACGGCAUGAUUAUGUCACAGACUUGGUGCCUGAUGUGUGGUUUGAUGCAACGGAGGUGUGGGAAAUCAAAGGGGCGGACAUCACCAUCAGCCCAGUGCACAAAGGCGCUCUCGGGAGAAUCGAUCCUGAUCGUGGAUUAUCGUUACGCUUCCCAAGAUAUUUGAGAACACGCACCGACAAGACUAUAUACGAGGCGACCACGAGUGAGCAGCUUAGUGAUUUCUUUUUAGCACAGAAUGGCAAUGGCACAUAA